UGGACCUGGACCUGGACAUGGACAUGGACCCAGCUGUGUGUCCUUCAAGAGUGACGACUCAAAGGAUCUUCAUUUUACUUUUAAACAAAGAUUUGACAAAAAGUACGUAGUUGUAUAUAGUGUUCAGUAUAAAAAAAUAGAAAAGAUAUAAUAAACUUCUUUCUAUCAGGAUUCAUCAGAGACCAGACUGUCCUGAACCUGGACCAAGCUGUGUGUCCAUGAAGAGUGACGGGUCUGUCACUCCUUAUAACUUCAAAGAUGGCCACUGGGUUGAUAAAAGGAGGAAUCUGAAAGAACCUGAACCCAGCUGUGUGUCCAUGAAGAGUGACUGGUCUAUGGCUCCUCCUUUAUUCUUCAAAGAUGGACGCCACUCUGUUGAUCAAAGGAGGAAUCUGAAAGAACCUGAACCCAGCUGUGUGUCCAUGAAGAGUGACUGGUCUAUGGCUCCUCCUUUAUUCUUCAAAGAUGGACGCCACUCUGUUGAUCAAAGGAGGAAUCUGAAAGAACCUGAACCCAGCUGUGUGUCCAUGAAGAGUGACUGGUCUAUGGCUCCUCCUUUAUUCUUCAAAGAUGGACACCACUCUCUUGAUCAAAGGAGGAAUCUGAAAGAACCUGAACCCAGCUGUGUGUCCAUGAAGAGUGACUGGUCUAUGGCUCCUCCUUUAUUCUUCAAAGAUGGACGCCACUCUGUUGAUCAAAGAGGAGACCAGGAGAGCUCAGAGGUUCCCAGUGGUCAGUCUGCCCAGCAGCAUCAAACAUACCUGGACUCCAUAUUUAUGAUGCUGGAGGAGGACAUUGACACUUUUGUGAAGAACGAGCUGAAGAAGAUCCAAAAGGUUCUGAGUCCAGAUAACCCAGAAUGCUUAGAGAGUAAAAGGCAGGAUGAAGAGGAGUUGGAGGGUGAGGAUGAAGAGCAGAGGAGGAGCAACAGCGAGGCAUUUCUGAAGAUCACACUGCACUUCCUGAGGAGAAUGAAGCAGGAGCCGCUGGCUGACCAUCUGCAGAGCAGAAGUACUAAUGGAGUUUGUAAGCGUAAACUCAAAUGUAAGAUGCAGAAGAAGUUCCAGUGUGUGUUUGAAGGGAUUGCUAAAGCAGGAAACUCAACCCUUCUGAAUCGGGUAUUCACAGAUAUCCACAUCACAAGGGGAGGUACUGCAGAGGUCAAUGAUGAACAUGAGGUCAGACAGAUUGAAACAGCAUCCAGGAAACCAGACAGACAAGAAACAACAAUCAGACAAGAAGACAUCUUUAAAGCCCCACCUGGAAGAGAUGAAACAAUCAGAACAGUGAUGACAAAGGGAGUGGCUGGCAUCGGGAAAACAGUCUUAACACAGAAAUUCACUCUGGACUGGGCUGAAGACAAAGCCAACCAGGACAUCCAGUUCACAUUUCCAUUCACUUUCAGAGAGCUCAAUGUGCUGAAAUUAGAAAAGUAUAGCUUGGUGGAACUUGUUGAUUACUUCUUUAGUGAAACCAAAGAAGCAGGAAUCUGCAGAUUUGAAGAGGUCGUGUUCAUCUUUGACGGUCUGGAUGAGUGUCGACUUCCUCUGGACUUCCACAACACUGAGAUCCUGACUGAUGUUACAGAGUCCACCUCAGUGGGUGUGCUGCUGACAAACCUUAUCAGGGGGACACUGCUUCCCACUGCUCGCCUCUGGAUAACCACACGACCUGCAGCAGCCAGUCAGAUCCCUCCUGAGUAUGUUGACAUGGUGACAGAGGUCAGAGGGUUCACUGACCCACAGAAGGAGCAGUACUUCAGGAAGAGAUUCGAAGAUAAGGAGGAAGCCAGCAGAAUCAUCUCCCACAUCAAGACAUCACGAAGCCUCGGGAUCAUGUGCCACAUCCCAGUCUUCUGCUGGAUCACUGCUACAGUUCUGGAGGAUGUGUUGAAGACCAGAGAGGGAGGAGAGCUGCCCAAGACCCUGACUGAGAUGUACAUCCACUUCCUGGUGGUUCAGUCCAAAGUGAAGAACAUCAAGUAUGAUGGAGGAGCUGAGACAGAUCCACACUGGAAUAAAAAGAGCAGGAAGAUGAUCAAGUCUCUGGGAAAACUGGCUUUUGAACAGCUGCAGAAAGGCAACCUGAUCUUCUAUGAAUCAGACCUGACAGAGUGUGGCAUUGAUAUAAGAGCAGCAUCAGUGUAUUCAGGAGUGUUCACACAGAUCUUUAAAGAGGAGAGAGGACUGUACCAGGGCAACGUGUUCUGCUUCGUCCAUCUGAGUGUUCAGGAGUUUCUGGCUGCUCUUCAUGUCCAUCUGACAUUCAUCAACUCUGGAGUCAACCUACUGACAGAUGGACAUACAACAUCCUGGCUAUCUAAAAUCUUCAGAAACAAAACAAGUUUCUACCAGAGUGCUGUGGACAAGGCCUUACAGAGUCCAAAUGGACACCUGGACUUGUUCCUCCGCUUCCUCCUGGGUCUUUCACUGCAGACCAAUCAGACUCUCUUACGAGGUCUGCUGACACAGACAGGAAGUGAAUCACAGACCAAUCAGAAAACAGUUGAGUACAUCAAGAAGAAGAUCAGUGAGAAUCUGUCUGCAGAGAGAAGCAUCAAUCUGUUCCACUGUCUGAAUGAACUGAAUGAUCGUUCUCUAGUGGAGCAGAUCCAACAGUCCCUGAUGUCAGGAAGUCUCGCCACAGAUAAACUGUCUCCUGCUCAGUGGUCAGCUCUGGUCUUCAUCUUACUGUCAUCAGAAAAAGAUCUGGAUGUGUUUGACCUGAAGAAAUACUCUGCUUCAGAGGAGGCUCUUCUGAGGCUGCUGCCAGUGGUCAAAGCCUCCACCAAAGCUCUGUUAAGUGGCUGUAACCUGUCAGAGAGAAGCUGUGAAGAUCUGUCCUCAGUUCUCAGCUCCCAGUCCUCUAGUCUAAGAGAGCUGGACCUGAGUAACAACGACCUGCAGGAUUCAGGAGUGGAGCUGGUUUCUUCUGGAUUAAAGACUCCACACUGUAGACUGGAAUCGCUCAGGUUGAGUGGCUGUAACCUGUCAGAGAGAAGCUGUGGAGCUCUGUCUUCAGUUCUCAGCUCCCAGUCCUCUAGUCUGAGAGAGCUGGACCUGAGUAACAACGAGCUGCAGGAUUCAGGAGUCAAGCUGGUGUCUACUGGACUAAAGAGUCCGCACUGCAGACUAAAAACUCUCAGUUUGAGUGACUGUAACCUGUCAGAGAAAAGCUGUGGAGCUCUGUCCUCAGUUCUCAGCUCCCAGUGCUCUAGUCUGAGAGAGCUGGACCUGAGUGACAACGACCUGCAGGAUUCAGGAGUGGAGCUGGUGUCCACUGGACUAGAGAGUCCACAUUGCAGAGUGGAAACUCUUAGUCUGUCAGGCUGUCUGGUCUCAGAGGAAGGCUGUACUUCUCUGGCCUCAGCUCUUAGCUCCAACCGCUCCCAUAUGAGAGUUCUGGACCUGAGCUACAAUCAUCCAGGAGACUCAGGAGUGAAGCUGCUGUCAGCUGGACUUAAUGAUCCAAACUGGAGACUGGACACUCUCAGGAUGGACCAUGGUGGACCACAAAGACUGAGACCUGGUGUGAGGAAGUAUGUCUGUGAACUGGAACUGGACACAAACACAGUAUAUAAACACCUCAAACUGUCUUAUAACAACAGGAAGGUGACAUAUGUGGAGGAGAAUCACUCAUAUCCUGUUCAUCCAGACAGAUUUGACUCCUGUCCUCAGCUGCUGUGUAGAGAUGGUCUGACUGGUCGCGGUUACUGGGAGGUCGAGAGGAGAGGAUGGGUUCAUAUAUCAGUGAGUUACAGAGGAAUCACAAGGAGAGGAAACAGUUAUGACUGUUGGUUUGGAGGGAAUGAUCAGUCCUGGAGUCUGAUCUGCUCUGAUGUUGGUUACUCUGUCUGUCACAAUACGAUAAGAACAGACCUCACUUCCUCCUCGGUCUCUAACAGAGUAGCAGUGUAUGUGGACUGUCCUGCUGGCACUCUGUCCUUCUACACAGUCUCUUCUGACUCAUUGAUCCACCUCCACACCUUCAACACCACAUUCACUGAACCUCUUUAUCCUGGGUUUAGGCUCUGCUCUGGUUCCUCAGUGUCUCUGUGUCCUCUGCAGGCACUGUAGAACACUAGGGUGACAAAAGUGACAAAAACUUUGAAAACUUUGAAGACAACAAACUUUGAAAAAAAGUGAGA